AUGUUGGCUACCAUAGGUAGUGAAAGCAGAAAGGUGGCCUCCCAAACAGCCGCCAGCUUGGUGCAAAGCGUUUUGAAAGAACGGUAUAAGGUCGUCGUAAAGACUGGAGGGAUUAGCAGUGGAAAACAGCAUGGCCUGGUGGAAGAGAUUGCCCAAUCGGCGGCUGCAGGUAUUGGUACCAUCUCUGAAGCCUUACAUCACAGGAAAGAGAAGAAGUCCAGAGUACUAAAUCCAGAAAAUCCCUCAAGCCAGCCAGACAGUAUCAGCAACGCGGAGUCUACCCCGAUACAGCUUGAUGAAGGAACGGGAUUAGCGAACACCACUGACCUUGGAGCAACAACGCCCGAGUCAACUUCGCCACCUUCUCAAGACACAGAUGAUCUUGCAUUGGCUUUCAUCAAGCGACACCCGUUGAAUAUUACUGGAAGUUCUGAGGAUGGGCAGAGACUCUCUUUGCCAGUGCUUGUGCCCCAGAGACGGCCCGAGAAGCGAGCGCGGGGUUUCAUACAAGCCUACGCACCAAUGCUAGUCGACUUUAAUAUCAAUCAAGAUACUUUCCUCGACUUUAUCGAUACCCUCAAUAAGUCACUGGAACCCAACCCUUGGAUCAGUGCCGUCAAUUUGGCGGGCUUUGCAGGAGAAGCACUGCCAGAUCCUGCAUCGCUGCUCUUUGGAUUCGCCCUUGAGGCUGCCACCGUGGCCGCCAUGGAGGGACAAAGUCUAUACUGCUCCAACAAGUUCUUGAACUGCGUCAAUGCAGACUUCUUUAUUCCACGAGGGUUGGUCUGCCUCGUUGUUACAUGGCAGCCCGACAACGACUGCGGCCCAUUCGCAAACAAUUUUGUGGAGGAAGUGAAUGCGCUACAAACCAAGCCUGAUUUAAAGCAGGAAAUCUCAGAUGUUGUCGCAGGGAAAAAGAAGCCUUCAAAGGGCUGGCAAGAGUUGAAGACACAGAUGGGUGACUUGAUGAAGCCCACUCGUGGCGACUUCAGUUGGCCUGAGCCGGCGCCCCUUAUCUUCCCGGACCCUAAGAGCAAUCCCAAAAAGGCUGAUGUUGAAGCAAAAAAGAAGAACACUUGGGACAGAAUGGAAGAUUGGAUCAACGACCACUCAGACAAACGCGCUCAAGCUACCUGGAUCGACGAGAACAAGGAUCACUCAAGGAUGAACUUGAUGCCGCAACCAAAGUUCAAGUCACGAUACGCUGACCCGAAUCAUCAAGUAUCUAGUGGUGACCUUGUCUCUUUAUUCACAGGAGGUCGCUGGAAGCUUGCAAGUACAGAUGAGAAAGCCGAGUCCAGCAAAAAGCCGGAGAAGCGGGUUCAGAAGGAUUCUGAGAGAGUGAAGAGAGACGAAAAGAAGAAGAAGGAGGAAAGCAAGAAGAACAUAAAGGAAGGGGAAAAGAGAGGUACAUGCAUUCACAAUGCGGAGCAAGGAAAGAAGAUCGAUGACGAAACCAGCGAGACGGCAGACCAUCAGGAGAGGGCGGAUGAGAUCGUUGGCCUAAGAAGUCACAAAGUGAAGGAGACCAGUACAAACAGUGUUGAGAAAGAUGAUGGAACGAAAUCAAACAGCAAAGCCAGAAUUCACGACGUGGAAGAUGACCAUGUUGGGGGACUCGCGGGCAAAGGUCAAUCCCAGAAGGCGAAGAAGAAAGCUGGUUCUUCAAGCAUUCCAAGUGAUGUCUUCAAGGGUCUUUUCCAAAAGGAUGUACUCUACCUGGCUAUCCUCGAUCUACCAUGCAAAAGGGCGAUUGAAGACUUGGGUGAUCAGCCGCAGUAG